GGUAUGUACAUACAUAUAUAUGUAUGUAUGUAGUGUUGAAGGAAGUGAUGAAGUUUCUAUUUAUGUAUUUAUUUGCAGCAGUCACUUUCUUUUACUUUCUGUGUUUGUUUUCGUUGCGCUGGUGCAGCGAGCCAGUCUCCCCAUAUGGAUAAAGUUGUACUGUACUGUGGGACAGGUCCGCUCCUGAACACCGGGGGCGCUGUUGCGCUGUAUUCAUCGUUCCUCCUGGAAAAAUACUGUCAAUAUUAUCGCUUCCGUGUAGCCAUCAUAUCAACAAAGACUCCACAGCUCCACACAGCUAGCUAGUUAUGCAUUUCAGAUAGCAGUGCGACGUUUUUUUUUUUAGAACUGUCGGUGUUGUUUUUUAGGACUGAAUACGUUUCUUCCGUCCAAAGCCGAGUGUCGACAAUGACAACGUCGAUAGCCAUGGACUUCCAUUCUCAAAUUGCCUCCAUCAUGGAGGUGCUAGCUAACGCUGCCGUCGCAGAGAUUUGUAAAGUUGUGGACGACGGCUACUCGGUGGUUCAUCUGGAAAUGUCCCGGAGCCAGAAGGAGAACGAGUUCCUGCGGAGGAAGAUCAAACUGCUGGAGCUGCAGGUCGUCAGGUACCGAGCGGAGAGAGUGAAGGGAGCGGAGGGUUCCAUCAGCAGCCGCUUCCCCGGGGUCCGCCUCCUCAACCGACAGAGCAGGGACUCGCUGGCCGGCCCCUCUCUGCAAGGCAGGACCAGGUUUCUGAACCGAGGUCCAGGGACUCAGCAGUCCAUGCAGAAGACCCAGCCUAUCAACCUGGACCAGGAUCCUGAUCAGGAGGUCGUCACCACCACCAAAACUGAGGGCCAGAGAUAUGUGACAAACACGAGCAGCCCUCAGAGCGAGGAGGAAAAGAUGGAUGGAGUGCAAGAGGAACACAGUCCCUCCCAAACGCUGCUGGAAUGGCAGGAGAGCGGCGGGACAGAAGAUAUGGAGCAGCCAUCAUGCUCCACAUAUGCACCAGAAUCUGUGGCAGGAAACUCAUCAUUUAACCAAAUAGGGACAAACCCCGCCUCAGUUUUCCCUGUGGAUUCUAAACAGCCGCAGUGCGCCAUGGAGCAGGCGAGGUCCACGUCUAAGCUUGACGUUGUUGUUGCAACCAACUCGCUUCCACAUGCGGUGGAGGACGGCUGCGGCAGGGCGUUGCUGUCCGGACUAAGUGGAGAGGACGGAGCUGAGGAAGUGACGCCUCUAAUAGGUCAGGGCAACAGCAGCCCGAGGUCGCAGUAUGGGCCGCUGCUGUGCAUUCAGAUCAACGAGACGCCCAAUGAAGUGUUGUUUGACGGCAGGACAGCCUACAGUAAUCACAUCUCUACCUUUAACAACCCCCCUGUUACAAUGGCAACAGUGGAUUCCCAGCAAACCCAGCAUUCUUGGUCCGGAAUCCGGGACUUAGAUAGCAUCCACUUCUCCAGUCAGAACCACCUUUAUCAAGCAUCUAGCAGCGAGAACCCAGAGUCUGGGUCAGCACAGUCUCAGCAGCCCUGCCUCCCCUACGCCUGCACCUUCUGUUCUCGCCGUUACGCCCACCAGUGCCAGCUGCGCAUCCACGAGCGUGUCCACACGGGCGAGAAGCCCUACCAGUGUGUCCAGUGCGGGAAGAGCUUCGGCCAGGUCUGCAGCCUCAAGCGCCACCAGAUGGUGCACACUGGGGAGAGGCCGUUCCCCUGCCCCCACUGCGGGAAGCAGUUCUCCACCUCCACCAACCUAAAGGUCCACCAGAGUGUCCACACCGGGGAGAAGAGGUUCCACUGCUCCAAAUGUGGCAAGAACUUCUCCUUCCUCAGCAACCUUAUUAGGCACCAGCGCUGCCACGCCGGGGAGAGGAUCUACCACUGCCACCUCUGCAAGAAGCCCUUCAUCCACCCGCACCAGCUGAAAACCCACCAGCGGGUGCACACCGGGGAGAAACCUUUCAGCUGCGCUCAGUGUGGCAAGCGCUUCUCCCAGUCUAGCCACAUCAAGAGACACAUGAGCGUCCAUACGGGGGAGAAGCGCUACAGCUGCGGCCUGUGCGGGAAGCGUUUCUCGCAGGCCUGCAGCCUCAAGGUGCACCAGGCCGUGCACACCGGAGAGAGACCCUACAGCUGCACCAAGUGCGGCAAAAGCUUCUCCGUGCUGGGAAACCUGGUCCGCCACCAGAGCGUUCACAUCAGCAAGCAGCAGGUUUACUGUGUUUCUGGAUCUGGGUUCCUGGUGUGUGACCCGUUUAAUGUUGAACUACUGUCUGGAUCCACUUCAUCGGAGGAGUGUACAGCCUCCUGUCUGUCUGCUGCCUGUGAACUGAUGCUGAACAACAAACUGACGUCAUCAGAAGGCGACUCUCGCACCUCAAGGAGCCAAAACAUUAUUGAGCACAUCAGAGAGGGCAGACUGUGUGCGUUAGACACCUGGAGCUUGUUGCAUGUCACCGCACACACAUCGGUGUGUGGAUCCGCUCACGCCCGCGCGCCGCAGCAGCCGCAGCCGUCCGCCGCGCGCAUCUGUCCGCGCAGGAACCGACAGACAGACCUGGCGAUGAUGGCGGACUGUGUUGGCUUUCAAACGCAAAUCGCCUCGAUUAUAGAGAUAUUGGCUAAUUCGGCGGUGGCGGAGAUCUGCAAGCUGGUGGACGAUGGCUACGCGGCGCUGCGCUCCCAGAUGGAGCAGGAGCGGCAGAAGAGCGAGAAGGAGAACGACGUCCUGCGGCAGAAAGUGCGAGAAAUGGACGUGAAGAUGCGGAGCUACGAGAGGAAGAUGAGGAGACGGAGUCAGCGGGAGGAAAUGCACGCCGUUCAUUUUAGGCCACCCGAAGGACCUGACGAUCAUCAGCCUCUGGCGCCGCCUCUUCCCACCUCCUCUGAAGACAAACCCUUCCAUCGCAUUUCAAAGCAUGGUGGCUGCACCGCCUCCACCGCCUCCUCCUCCCCCUCCCCCUACAGCUCCGUCUGCCACCACAACAAGCCCGAGGCGGCCUUACAGGAGCGGCGCCACCGCUGCGAAAGACCCUGUGGUGUGCGCCGUGUGCGGGCGUGUCUUCCCCAGCGCGGCCGCCCUGGAGCUGCACCAGCGAGUGCACACAGGGGAGAGGCCAUACACCUGCCCCCACUGUGGAAAGGGCUUUGCCCAGCCCAACAACCUGCGAGUCCACCUCCUCAUCCACACUGGAGAGAGGCGUUAUCGAUGUACGCUGUGCGGGAAGAGUUUCAUCUCAUCCAGCCACCUGAAGAGGCACCGCACAGUCCACACGCAGGAGAAGCCCUACAGCUGCUCACGCUGUGGACAGUCCUUCAGCCAAAUGUGUAGCGUCCGCAGACACCGGCAGCAGUCCCAGUGUGGCCUGUAGACUGGAGGAGUGGACGGCAUCUGGAAGUGAUCCUUGGACUCUGAAAGGGUGAAUGAUUGAAAUCCCUGUAUAUGGGAAUUCUAGCAUCUUAUGUAAGCACGAAGAAAUGAGAAGCAAGGCUGUAUCCUGUGAUAUCAUGGCAUGUAGAGUUGAUAUUUGUCAUAGAUCAUAGCAGUAAUAUGUGAAUUCAGUUUUUUCCCCCAAAGCCCUCUCAACCUUUUCUUACUGCUUGUUUGACACUGAGAGGAUCACAGAUUGGAGUGUAAAAGAGUGCCUGAGACAGUGUUGAUAACAUUUCUGUCUGUUAGACGUUAAAUGGUCCGGACUAUCUGGUUUACACUAACACUUGGGGGCUGACCCAGGAGAAGAGUAGUUUAGGAUUUUUUGGAUUAAUUUGGUCGGUCAUGAUGGUAUGCCACCAACAUCGCAGUGUACCUGCACUGUCCACUGACGCACACUUUUAACACUUUUAUAUAUAUUUUGAACACCUGCCAGCUCUAUAGUUGACUUAUAUAAGAGAUUUACAUAAUUCAUCAGCUGAUGAAGGCAUACUAUGCAGGAUUUUCCCAAAAAUCUAUGUGUAGAUUGGGCUGCAUUGAAAUGGCGAAUGUGGCUCCCUCCCGCAGGGUUGUGCGAAGGUGUUGCUGUGUUUAUUUAUGCUUUAGAAUGUAGCCGCUGUGAAACAAUCAGUAAAUAACGUUUUAUUGCUAUGAUUCACUGCUUUGUUCGUGCUAACUUGCUCCCUCUCCUCAUUCAUUCUCUAUGUAGCUCGACCAAAGGUGCUCUCUGUAGCUCACUUGAGCCGGGGAGGAGGGGCCAACUUUGAAUAGACGAGUCCUGCCCAGUAUGUCUUCAAGCACCUGUUCACAAAAAUCUAUUCAUGCCUUAUCCUGUUGUGAUUUCUAAAGCCAGAUUCACAGUUACUUCUAGCUUUUAUUGUUUGUUUUAGGACUGCUGGUUAGAGCUGCAACAAUUAGUCGAUUAAUUGAUUAUUUGUCGACUAAUGUUGAUUAAUCGCUAACUGUUUUGAUUAUCGAUCAAUCAUUUCGAGUCUUUUUUUAACAACAAAAUGUCCAAAUUCUCUGAUUUCAUCUCCUCAAAUGUGAAUUUUAUUUCAUGGACCAAACAACUAAUGAAUUAACUGAGAAAAUGAUGGACAGGUUAAUCGAUAAUGGAAAUAAUCAUUAGUUGCAACCCUACUGCUGGCACCACAAGAUUUAAUCUCUCACACUGCAAUUGAUGAUAUGAAAGGAUGCAGAAACAUCCUCAGUAGAGUUCUGAUUAAAGUGUUUAUGUUUUUGGACUGGAAGCAGGGGGAACCUGCUAGCCUAGUUAGCUUAGCUAAGUCAAAAGGGAAAUGACUACACAUAGAGUGCUGUAGAGAUGACGCGUUUGUGUAGUCCAACCCUGAAGUUAGUACUGCCCUGUUUCCAUCGACCAAAAGCCACUGGAAUUUUUCCAUCGGAUUUAGGAUUGAGAACAAAGGUUUAUGAUACUUACAAUCUUCACAAAUCAAAACCACUUAUAUGAUUUUUGAAGUGUAAAUGCAGUCGUCAGAAGUAAAAAGCUAACAUUAAGCUAUAAAAAAGCUACACCACAGUAACAUGACUUUAAUGUCAACUUCCAACUUAGUAUUAAAUCUUAUAAUUAAAAUCUAUAAGGUGGAGUAGAUUCAACCAAUCCCUGUGAAUUCUGUGCGAACUUGCAAUUUUGUCCAAUCACCUCAACUUUUCCACGAAUUUGAACAAUCACUUUUAAUGGAUUAUACAAAAAAUUAUUUUUGCAGUUUUUUCUCACAUAAUUUUGUUCAAAAUAAAUGCCUAAAAACAUCGCAACAUGCAUCGCAAGUUUAAAAGAAAAGCACAUUUAGUCACUUUUAGCAUCAGCCUUUUUUAAGAUAAGUAAAAACUUUUCAAAAAAAAUUCACAGGUGGGGUAUCUACUGACGUAGUUUGUGUCAUAGAACUAAAUGUGAAAAUCUCUCAAACUCGUGUUAACCACAGACAUUAUUUCAGUCAUCUGACCAAUAAUAAGCUAACAAGCUAGCUAUUUCCGCUUGCCUCUAGUCUUUGUGUUACUGUAAACUAGACUAACCAUGUCCUGGACUCAGAAAUGAUUUAAUGUCCAUCUUCCUUUCUGAUUGUGGGUCAGACAACAAGACUCUGCCUUUAAAGCACUUUACAUGUUCCCAUAGCUAUCUGUUAAGGCCAUGGGCAAAAUUUGGAGGCAUUGCUGCCGAUACACAGUUUUUUGUAUUUCUCUCAUGUAGUCCUACCUGUUACUCAUAUUGUUACAGUAUCAUUAAUGAGUGAACUCCAGGCAGCCUGGUUUUGAAAGGUAAAUGUUGGCACUUCUUGUAGUGCAGGCCUGCACUUUCUCUUGUGUGAUUGUGUUCACUGUUACAUCUGUCAGUAUAUUUAUUUACUACUCAUUUCUCAAGAAUAGACGGGAUGCUCUAACGUGUUGUCCAGAGCAGUGGUUCCCAACCUCGAGGUCUGGACCCCAUUAGGGGUCGUCUAAGCCUCAUGAGGGGUCAUAAGGCCUUCUUGAUUUCAGGGGGUGCUAGAAAAUGUAAUAAUAUACACAGUAGGCCUAAAUCUCAACAUUUCAUUUAUUUCUGUGAAGAAAACUAAAUGUUACUGACAUUUUUACAGUUUAGAUUACACUGUAAAACCAGAUAAGGUCAUUUAACUCAAAAAGUAGUUGAAGGUGAAUAAAAUGUAAUGAAAAACUAACUCCGUUUUGUAAGUUAACAAAACCUUCUUGAUCAAGUGAUUUAGUUAUAGUAGUAGAGAAUUGCAUAAAAAAAAUCCUUAAGAGGAAAUAAUCUGCUCAAAAUUCAUGCAAAUCACUUAUUUUACACAAACUUCUUACAGUUACUGAGUUCACUGUUUGGGUUCACUGUACAGUUUUGAAUAUAAUCACUUUGUCAGUUUAUUAAAUGUAAACUUGAGGAAAAAGGUUGGGAACCACUGGUCCAGAGGGUUGACCUUUAGGUUUGUUUCCAGAAUUGGGCAGCAAAAUCAGAAUGUUUAUUUGUUUUUAGGUACGAUGCCCAAUUGUUGCAGGCCUGCAAUGUUUCAAUCCCCCUUUGUCAACUUUUCACAGGUUGAAGCCUGAGAUGUGGUAGUCUUUUUAAUGUCAAUCAUUCUUUAUUCUCAGUUAAAUAUCAAAGAACAAAGGACUGUACAGAAGAUGUAAAGUAAAAACAUAUACUGUAUAUCAGAGAGUCGUGUUGUAUGUGUAGGUGUUUGGAUGUAAUUGGCACUAGCUGUAGGUCGCACAGCUGAAACAAAUGUUUUGCCUUUUAGUAUUCUUUCAUGACAUGUUCCGGUGUUUUAAAAUGUGUGGGUAUCAUUAAACGUGUAAAAGGUUUGCAAUGAA